AUGGUUCUCUCUUCCUGCAUCGCCCGCUUCUGCGCUGCGGCCCCGUUGCUCGGGCUCCUCGCGGCGUCGUGCAAGGCCGCACCGGUCCUCGACUCGGUCGUCUCGCUCAACAAGUCGAUCAGCACGCCGCACGGCAAGGUCGUCGGCUCAGUCGCCGACAAUGUCGUUCGCUACACGGUCCCGUACGCCCAACCACCAGUCGGCGACCUGCGCUGGAAGGCCGCCUCUGCGAUCGGCCCGUGGAACAACGUCGACGGGACCCAGCUCCCGCAGGCCUGCACCCAGUACGACGUCUCGAACACCAACAUCAUCGGCUCGGAGGACUGCCUGUUCAUGAACGUCUACGCGCCGGCUGACGCCGCCGCCACCGCCGCGCUCCCCGUCAUGGUCUGGCUUCACGGUGGCUCGUUCUUGCAGGGCAGCCCGAGCGACCUUGACGAGGGCGCUCGCUCGCUCGCGAGCCAGCAACGCGUGGUCGUCGUCACGGUCCAGUAUCGACUAGGUAUCUUCGGCUUCCUGGGCUACUACGGCUACGCAGGGAACCAGGGUCUUACCGACGUCAUCCAGGCCCUCACGUUCGUCAAGUCCGACCUCAAGGCGUACGGCGCCGACCCGUCCCAGGUCACGCUCGCCGGUCAGUCGUCGGGCGCCGAGAUGGUCAAGACGCUGCUCGUCACGGACGCCGCCGACUCUUUGUUCUCGCGCGCCAUCCUCCAGUCGGCGCCGCUCGACUACCCCGACCAGAGCUACGCGACCGCCGCCGAGCUCAGCAAGUACAUCUACAAGAGCCUCAACUGCCCCGACCGCCGCGUUUGGCCCUGCAUCCGCCAGCAGUCGGUCGAGAAGAUGAUGGCCGUCCAGUCGGACGUUCAGCAACUCGCCAGCGUCGGCCAGUGGGCGUCCCGCUCGGACUUUGCCUUCGCCGAGCCGUUCCGCAUUAUCAUCGACGGCAGGAUCGUCACCAAGGACUUUCGCAAGGUCGUCGCGUCGGGUCAGCCGCUCAACGUCCCUUCUCGCCCCGUCAUCUCGUCGACGGUCAAGGACGAGGGCUGCAACGGCGUUCAGAAGGUGCUCUCUCAGCCUCUGCCGGCCUCCUUCUGGCCGACCAACGCCCCGGGCAUCGUCGCUUCAUUCUUCACCAAUCGUGCGGGCGACAUCCUCGCCUCGGGCAAGUACGACCCAUCGAACAUCCCUGACGACGCCGACGCGUUCCGCAACGAGUUCAUCCAGCUCACGACCGACUUUACCUGGGUCUGCCCGACUCAGCAGACAGCUCUGAACUCGACUGCGGCAAGUGGCUACCGCGGUAACGUCUACCUGGCCGAGUUCGACGUCGGCAUCUCCAAGCACGCCGAGGGCGAGAACGACUACUGCGCCGGCGGCGUCGGGCACGAGGACGACAUCAAGCUCCUCUUCCGCAAGGACGUCAGUACCUCGGUCCAGGGCGCCGUCUCGUCCGACGUGCAGGCUCGUUGGGGCUCCUUCAUCCGCACGGGCAACCCGAACCGUGCGGCGGCGAGCCUUGGCCUUGUCAACUGGCCGCCAGUCGCAGCGUCGGCGGGCGACCUCAACGUCCUCGUGCUCGGCGCCGACGCCUCGACGGGCAAGUCGGCCGUCAAGAAGUCGCAGCGCGACGACAUCUGCAAGAUCGGCUCGGGGCUCUACUCGCCUCGUUGA